GACGUGUGCGUGUAGCGCGCGGAAGAAUUAUUGCCGAUUUUUAAGCAAAGCGCAUUUCGCACAAGUAACUAAAGAAUAAUUAAAUGUAGCAGCGUGUGAGAGAAUGUGUGCCUAUUUAUCAAUUUAUUUGCCGAAAGCGACGCGACGCGAAAUGAAGUGAACGCUGCGAAACAUUAAAUAAUUUAUUUGAAAUAGUUGCAGCUGCAAUUUAAGUCGAAAUAGUCAAAGCAUGUAUUAGUUUUGAAAUUCUUUUAACGUCGCUUUGCUUUGCUUUGGUUUUUGAGUUUUUGUAUUUGUGUGCGUGUGAGCGACGUGCGUGUGUAAGAAAGAGCCGCAAGGGAAAAACCGAAAUUCUUUGGAAAUCUUAUCAAUGGGCAGCGGCUAAGAAAAUGCAACGCACGCGUUACUAACUUGGCUGCGAGCUGUUGUUGCUGUGAGCGUUGACGCUACCACGCCCACACUUAGAGAGCAAGAGAAAUAUAAUCAUGGCAGCCACGGUCUACAAACGCCUACACAGCGCCAGCUUAGGCGGCGGCCACAGCGUCGCCAGCUUAAUGUCUACCUCGACUACAAACUCCGGACCAGCCUCGACGACCGCGAACAGUUGCUCUCCCAUGCUGGGACACACGCAGCUGACGCGCUCGCUGGAGCGCAUCCUGGAGGAGGCUCACUUUAGCGGCGAACUCAUGCUGGCCAAUCGCAAGCUAAAGGAUUUUCCCAAAACCGGCAAGAGCUAUAGUUUAACGGAUACCGUUAUAGCAGACUUGUCUCGAAAUAGAUUCUGUGAGCUGCCCGAGGAGAUAACAACGUUUGCAUUUCUGGAGACGCUGCUGCUCUAUCAUAAUGCCAUACGCAGCAUUCCGGAGUCGGUAAAGCAACUUUCCUCUCUAACCUAUUUGGACUUGCGCAGCAAUCAGCUGAGCGCUCUGCCGCGCGAGAUUUGCUUUCUGCCGCUGCAAGUGCUGCUCGUGUCCAACAAUCGCCUCGCGACGCUGCCCGACGAGCUGGGACGCCUGGACCAGACGCUCACCGAUCUGGAUGCAUCGCAUAAUCAGCUCACAGCUCUGCCCGUGCGUUUAGGUGAGCUGCGCACCUUGCGCUCGCUCUCGUUGCGCAGCAAUCAGCUUCUCUAUUUGCCGCGGGAAAUCACCUGCCUCAGUCUCGUGUCGCUCGAUGUGAGCAACAAUCGCAUUGCCAGCCUCCCACUGGAGAUUAGGCAUAUGAACACUCUGGUCGAGCUGCAGCUUGAGAAUAAUCCGUUGACCGCUCCGCCAGCAAGCCUUUGCAAUCGUGGACUGGUGCAUGUAUUCAAGUUUCUGGAAACGCAGGCCACCAAGGAUGAGAAGGGUGCACGCGUUGGUGGCAACUACGAUGGCUACACCACGCUGCGUCGCGCGCCGCGGCACAAUUCCAGCGGCAAUGUCCUGGACACCACCAGCAGUCAGCGCUAUGCGGCGCGUCAUCAGAUUGACUCGGGCUAUAGCACCAGCGAUGGCCUGGACAAGCGUUGGUCCCAUGAUGCACCCACUAAGUCGAAGACGGACUCGCCACUGCAUAGCGCAACCUUGCCGCGUGGCUUGACUUCUAACAGCAGCAGCCUCAGUCAGCAGGCGCAGCAGCUGCCAUUGAGCGCGGACUUAAUGGACGCCUCGAUCACCUCCAGCACCAGCACCAUUGUGGAUGAGUGCAUCACGCUCAGCCCGGGCAUGUCGCCAAUGGGUUCGCCUUACAAGCGGGCCACGCCCGUGGAGCACAGCAACUAUGCGCAUUCGAAUAGCUCGAGCAACGGCUCCACGCCAGAUCAGGAUGAGGACAUUAUGCUGGAUCAUCAAGAGCGCAGCGUACACGGCAGCAAUGGCACGCUCAACAAGAGUCUGAACAAUAUACAGACCUAUAAGGAGUAUAAGGAAGCCUUGAAGCAGCAGCGCAAUCAGGAGAUAAGCGUCUAUAAGCAAAAGCAUCCGAAUGCCAAUCAAAGUCCGAACGAGGAGGAGCUGCCGCGACUUAGCAACGGCUCCUCAGCCACGCUGCCCAAGUCCAUUAUGAAACAGCCGAGCAAUGGCCACAAUGGCAAUGGGAACGGCAAUGGCAUCGACGAUGUUGUCAUACCAAAGAAACCUAUUCAAAAGGUCAUACCCUCACGCAACACCGAACUGAUGUCAGCCCAAGCCAGCAAGUCACCCACAGAGCCCCACAGCACCAUCGGCUAUGUGAAGCCACACAGUCCCUUGAAGAAUGGUGUGGGCGUCUUGACCAACAACAACAAGUUUAAUACGUCUAAAGGGGGCGGCGGCGGCGGCGGCGGUUCUGGUGCUGCCAAUAAUGGCAGCAAUGUUAUCAAGUCGCCAGUGGGCACCACCAGCAAGUUGAGCGCUGUGAAAACAAAUCGCACAGUGACCUGGAAUCAUGAUAUACCAGCUGAGAAGUUGAGCUUCACCAUGCGCCGCGAAUUCGAUCGACAGCGCGAAGAAACCGAAUUGAUGUCGCAGUUGCGCAGCAUUAUUGAGACGCGCUUGAAGAUGACACUUCCAGAGGAUAUAGCCUCGGCGCUAACCGAUGGCGUUAUACUCUGUCAUUUGGCCAACUAUGUGCGACCGCGAUCUGUGGCAAGCAUACAUGUGCCAUCGCCUGGUGUUAAUAAAUUGUCCAUGGCGCGUUGUCGUCGCAAUGUGGAUAACUUUUUGGAAGCCUGUCGUCGCAUUGGCGUGGACGAGGAGUUGGUCUGCUCCUGUGCAGAUGUUGUGCCAGAAUGCCUCGAACAACAACAUGAACAACAACAACAGCAGCAGCAGCAGCAGCAGCAGCAGCUACAACAACAACAACAGCAACGUGCUGACGAUGACUAUGAUGCUGAUGUGUAUGUCAAUGAUAACGACAACAGCAGCAGCAGCAGCAACAACAACAACAAUCAUAUUGAUAACAAUGCUGACCGUGCACGCUGCCAAGUGCCAAAUGCUGUCGCUCUGCUGCGUACAGUGGCCGCUUUGAUAGCGCUGGAUGCGAAUCCACAUCAUCAGCAUAUGCGAUACCUGCAGCAGCAGGAAGAGUUGCAGCAAAAGCUGCAACAGUUGCAGCAGCAGCAGCAACAAGUUGUUGAGCAAGCACAAAACUCCUGCACCAAACAGCCAGAACAGAUGUUGCAGCAACCAAUGCAACAGCAACAGCAACAACAACAAGAACAACAAUCACAAGUACAACAACAACAACAACAAUUAGCUAAUAUAUUGUAUGAGCCAAGUGAAUGUAUAAAUAAGAAGCAAGCGCAUAUGUCUGAUGAUGUAACAACAACAACAACAACAGCAACAAGCAUAAAAACAACAACAAUUACCAAUUGUAGGCUCAUCUAUGAGCAGCAGCAACAGCUAGGCACAGUGGGUCAGCUGCUACGAACGGCCAAACUAAAGACUUAUAACAAAAUUAAGCAGAAUCUGUUAAGCGCACACGGUCAGCAUAGUUUUCAAGUGAACAACAACAAUCGCAUGCUGCAGACGAUUGUUGAGAGUGAGCACGAUGUGGCCGCCGCUGGACCGGCCGGGCACUAUCACAUAAUCGAUGAGAAGCAACAGCAGCAACAGAAGCAGCAGCAGGAAUCCCAACUGGAGUCCAUCAAGCCGCUGGCCAAGCGCAUCGAAUUCUUUGAGCAGUCACCCAAGCUGGAGGUCUUUAGCAUCUACUGCAGCGAUGAGCUGAAGCCAUCGCCAGCGCAUAAGCUGGAGCGGCUCAAGCAGCACGAAGCUGGCACUUCGUUCAACUCGCUCAAACACGAUUCACACAUCUUGACCAUUAUCCUCUCAUGCGUCUUCAUCGCCACCUUUUUGUGGCUCGUGUGCUUCCCAUUGCCCGGCUAGCAGUAAUCUGCCCAGGACUUAGUCUAGACUUUCCUUUUGCUAGCUCUUAUUGCCUUUAUUGCCAAUAGUUUGAUAAGUAAGCACGCGACUGCUCUUGGCGCUUUUAUUAAACAAGCAACACACACACACACACACAAGUAUUUAUAACAAUACAAACUCUUGUAGUAGUGAGUUUUAAAAUCGAGGCUGCAAUUACGCUUGAUGCAAUUAAUUUAAAUAUUUAAAAACGGCGAGAAUAAAGUUCCAAUUUUGAGGCAUUUAUUUAAAAACAAUCCAAAGACUUAAAGUGCAGCCAAUUUACUCUAAACUGUAAACUGUAAUUGCUGACAUGUGAGAUUUAUAUACACUAUAUAUAUUUAAUCAUAUAUUCAUACUAUAUACCCAAUUCAUUUCGAAACAAAAUCAUUUCCACAUUGCCCAGUCGACCAGUAUUUAAUUCAUUUUAUAGCAUAAUCUUCCACAACGAACUAUUUGUAGCAUUCGAGUUCUGUUUCUGUUAGUCUAACUAAGUAGUAACUAGUAGCAUACACCAAGGUUAGUUGUUAUAAAGCUAAGCAGUUGGUCUAGUGCCAGCUUUAGUUUAGGCAAAGGUUUUUGAAUGGCAGCAGGGACACAAGUAAACGUUUUAGCAACAAGCGUGAUAAUAGUUAUAGACAUUAAAACAAAUAGCAUUAUGAUCGAGUGUUUAUUUCUUAAAACGCACAAACAAGCAGUUGACACAAUUUAUAAAACGCACAAACACUUAAAAUAAAUUAUUAAAAAGAAAACAGUGCCUUUGACUGUGCAGUAAUU